CGCUCCGCUCACCUCCGCUAUGCGAGCGAUAGAGGCGAUACAGGAGGUUCCCCAGCACCUGUAGCAGCAGAAAAUGCACUAUUAGAGCCACACGAAAAAAAAAGGCAUUUGCCAAGGCAUCCGGGCUCUAGGUAGACAUUACGCAGAAAGAAGACAGGACGAAAUGUCUCUCGUUCUAUUGUUCCAUGGGGAGUUUCUGGUUUCGUUAUAGCCCGCCAUUUCAAUAUACACAGCGCAUGCUCAGAUGGUGCCCCGGCCAUGCUUGAAUGUGGUUCUCGCGUUCUCGUGUGUUGUGUGACACUCGUGUUCUGCUCGCGUAACAGUUUAACACGUGGCUAGAGAUUCCUUUCGAAGCAGACGAUUCUUGCAUAGUUUUCUGUUUUCAUUGGCCUUGGGAGAGAUGUCGGAGGAGGCUACAACGACAUUUAUCGAUGAUUGUGCGCUGCCUGCGCAGCUUCUGAAACAAGCUGUGGACGUCGAGAAGCUGAAAGAUGGAACAAUUCUUGAGCUCAGUGAAAAGCUGGUGCAAGAAGACGCGGAUCAAACAAAUGAGAAAUAUUUCCAGUCCAAAGAACUUCUUGAAAGUCUGCGCCUCAACUACUUAGACGGCAGCAGUGAUGAAGAUGAUGCAGCUGCGGAUACGCUACUGCCGUUUGAAAAAUUGGCAAAAAAGAUGACACCUGUUGUAUCAGAUGGUGGGGUCCUCAAGAGGGUCAUGCGUCCAGGAGCGGGGCCUGUGGUGCCCGAUGAGAGUUCUGUGACAUUCCACUAUAAUGCGUAUCUUGAGAUGGCCGAUGAGCCAUUUGACUCAACAAGACUCAGGAACAGGCCUCAGAGGACACUGCUGGAGAAUGUGUCUGUGAUAGGCUUGGCCUUGGCCCUGAAGACAAUGAAGAAGGGAGAAGUUGCUCAAGUGAUGGUGUCACCGCAGUAUGCGUUUGGCCGCAUGGGGUGCCCCCCACGAAUCCCGCAGAACGCAACCAUACUCUACGAGGUUGAAUUGCUGCUCUUUGUUGAUGCAAAGGAUGCCGUCGAGUUAGAAGGGCGGAGCUUCGACGGGCAGGUUAAAGUACCGUUUGAAAAGGCUUACAAGGUGUGUGAAACAAAGCGUAACACAGGCAAUGAAUUUUUCCACACUGGUGAGAUGGCGAAAGCUCUCAAGUGCUACAGCUCGUCAAUUGUGAUCCUGGAAAAAGUCUGCACUGCGAAUGACCAGGAGGAACGGAUGCAGCAGGCACUUCUGCUCAAGUUAUACAACAAUGCCUCCCUGUGCUGCCUCAAGACUGGGCGUGCGAAUAUGGGCAUCUCGUACGCUAAGGAGGCAUUGCAGAUAGAUAAAGAUAACGCAAAAGCACUCUUCUGUUACGGCCUUGGGUCGAAGAUGCUGGGUUGCUACGAUGAUGCUGAACGCUACCUGCGCCGAGCCCUGCGCCUGGAGCCCAACUCGAGAGCGAUCGUAAGGGAACUGGAACUCGUGGACGCGAAGCGGAUGAAGGAGCAACACGCGGAACAAGUCAUGUGCCGCCGCAUGUUUGGCACUUCCAGCAGUGGCCCGAAAACUGUAGGACUCUCGCCUGGAAGCGGUUUGAAUGGUGGCGUGAAAACCGCGAUACAGCAGAAACUGUUGGCAUUCCGUAACGACCUCGGCAAAGAGAACUCGUCGAAAGAGCUUCCGUUCACGGUUGGCUUUACCGAGCCGUAUUGCAAGUACGUGCGUUCAGUGUGCGCUGAGCUUGGGCUCGGUUGUGAAGACGUUCCAGGUGGCGGUGUGAAAGCUGUGGCACCGAAAGUGUGAGGUGUUCUGGUAAGCCAAGUACUUGAGAAGAAAUGUGUUCAUGUACAGGGUUUGCCAAGAUAAACUUCGGGGUUUGUAACGAAGAUAAAACAAAUUAGAACAGCGUCGGAAAGCCAAAUUAGAUGUUAGAAGACGUAUUAUGCCCCCAAAAUUUAUGUUGAUAAUGCCGCUUGGUCCGUUUCCCAGCGGAUAAAUCGUGAAAAUAAAAAAAUCGCAGCUGCCUAAACAGCUACACCCGUGUUUCAGCUUCUUUCCGUCAGAUGGCGAAACGGUCGAACGCGGCAUUGCAUAGUACGAUUCUGCAUUCAGUUCCACUUGUUCAGAUUUCGAUGUCGUCUGCAACGCCGCGUUUGGCCGUUUCGCCAUCCGACGGAAAGGAGCGGAAACACAGGUAUAGCCGACUAGGCAGCGGCGGUUUUCUAAUUUUCAUGAUUUAUCCUCAGAGGAACGGACCAAAUGGCAGUAUCGAUAUAAAAUUUUGGGGCAUGAUACGGCCUCUAACAUCUACUUUAGCUUCCCGACGCUGUUUUUGUUUGUUUUAUCUUUGUUAGAAACCCUGAAGUUUAUCUUGGCGAACCCUGUAUAUUAAGAUAUAGAGCGACGUUACAUUUACACAUAAACACACAAGCGUUGUUGUCCAUUUCAUGCCACAGGGUGGUACAUCCCAUAAAGUUUACAUACUCUAUAUAUAUACUAACAGGCAUUUUGAUAUGAACAUGCAAGUAUGCAUGCGUGGAAGCCACUUUUCACGUGGGAAAGGUUCUAUCGAGGGAACUACAUGCCUGUUUAGUUAUGCCAGUUAGUUUUGUCAUUGCUGUGCUUCCUUUUUCUCUUUUUGUCACGAGUGCAGUGACACUAUGUAUGUUUUGUUGGCACCUUGCAAUGGGUGAUGCAAGUCCUAUUCUUCUAGAGCUGUAAUAAAUCAAAACAGUUUGCA